AUGUGGAACAACACCGACCAGAACGGCCUUCUUCCGAUCUUGCUCUGUCUUCUGAUAGUGCUACCCACUAUCUAUGUUGUCUAUCAACGGGUUUUCUCCCCGUUCGCAAGCACUCCGGGGCCAUUCUGGGCAAGUCUGUCACGGCUCUGGAUAGCCAAGCACUCUCGAGAUGGCGACCUCAACCACGUAAUGAUUGAUCUACAUAAGAGAUAUGGGCCGCUCGUUCGAACAGGCCCAUAUGAAGUGAGUGUAGCCGACUUGACAGCUAUUAAGAGUAUAUAUGGGGCCGGCACCAAGUUUCGAAAAUCAGACUGGUACUCCGUUUGGCAAGCUACUCGCAAAUUCGAUCUUUUCGGAGAACGAAACGAAUCCGUGCACGCAGUUCAGAGGCGGCUUGUCGCCCAAACAUACUCCAUGGGUUCCCUCAAGGACCUCGAGGAGUUUGUCAAUGGUGCCAUCAAAGGAUUUAUGCGCAAGAUGGGCGGAUUUCAGGAUUCGAAAGAGCCGGCAGACAUGGGCAAAUUAGUGCAACUGUUCGCGUUCGAUAUCAUUGGAGAGAUUACUUUCUCCAAGACUUUCGGUUUCGUGGAUGCCGGCAUGGACGAUGGAACUUUCAGCUCCAUUGAAGGUAUCCUCCGUUCCGCGUGCUGGCUUGGCCAAAUACCCUGGAUAUACCGGCUUCAUCAAACCCUUAUGCCUGUGAUUGGGAACCAUCUUGGGGUAAAUGCUCGUCAUGGCGGAGUUCGAAACUUCGCUAUGAGUGAGGUUAGAUCUCGAAAAGACCGCGGGAGCGACCGGAAAGAUAUCCUCAGCAAGCUUUUUGCUGUGAACGAGAAGAAGCCGACUGAAUUUGACUUGAAUGUAGUGGUAUCCAUGGCUACAUCAAACAUAGCUGCCGGUAGUGACACGACGGCUAUAUCAAUUCGAGCCAUUAUAUACUACCUCUUGAAGAACCCUACACACAAACAACGACUCGUGGACGAGAUUGAUGGCCUGCGACGACAGGGGAAGAUAAGUGACCCGGUUUCGCUUAGCCAAGCAGAUAGUAUGCCGUACCUGCAAGCGGUCAUGUACGAGGCUUUACGCGUUCAUCCAGCUGUGGGGAUGAGCUUACCGCGAGUCGUACCCUCGGGUGGCAUAGAUAUUCAUGGCAAAUACUUUCCUGCUGGCUCUGUCGUUGGCGUCAACCCUUGGGUGGUCCACCGCAACAAGGAGGUUUUUGGGGACGAUGCCGAUGACUUCAGGCCUGACUGA